UGGUUGAUGCUCAGGUGUGUGUGUAGACAGCUGGUCUGUGGCAGGGCCAUGUCAGCACCACAAAGUGCACGCUUUGGACAGGGCAGCGGGCCCAUCUGGUUGGAUGAUGUCACAUGCACAGGCAGCGAAUCAAAGCUCAGCGAGUGCAGACACAGGGGGGUUGGAUCCCACGACUGUAAUCACAAUGAGGAUGCUGGUGUGGUCUGCGAAGUUCGACCAGAACCCAACAGCACAGUUUUACCAUCCACACCUCGUCCACCACCUAAGAACUUCACCACCGGUCAAGUGGAAACUACAAAAACAACUCUAGGCAACAGCACAGCAGUUGAGGGGCAGGUCCAUCUGGCCAAUGGAGGAACCAGCUCCUGUUCUGGCAGAGUAGAGAUCUUCCUACGUGGACAGUGGGGACGGUUUGUGACGAUUUCUGGGAGCUGGUUGAUGCUCAUGUUUGUGGUAACAGCUGGGCUGUCGGCAGGGCCAUGUCAGCACCACAACGUGCACGCUUUGGACAGGGCAGCGGGCCCAUCUGGUUGGAUGAUGUCAAUGCAUCAGCACGGGUGCAGAAUCAAAGCUCAGCGAGUGCAGACACAGGGGGUUGGAUCCCACAACUGUGAUCACACUGAGGAUGCUGGUGUGGUCUGCGAAG